ACCAUAUGGUUCCGUGCUCUACCAAUUCGGGUACAUAACCCCGGAUAUGUAGAUUUUGCCCAGUUGGUUAUUUUUGCAUCUGACCUAUUUACGUCACCCGAUAUAGUAUUAACUGACAUACCAGCUGGUUGCUGCUGUAGUUGAGCUCCAAUCAAAGCUAGGAGGUUUCUUCCCAAUAUAAUUGCGCGCCUGUCGUCUACUACGAUGAGGGAAGCUGUAUUGAUCGUCCAUCCACCUGAUUCAAGGGGUGCGAUGACUCGUCCAAACAGUUGGAUUUUAUAUCCGUUGUAACAAAUCAUUCUGUUUGCCCCGUCGUUAUCGUUUGUUUUGAUCCGUUUGGUUGAUUUAACUGUUGUCAUUAUUUGAUUUGCAGUCUUUUGGUUAACAAAUUUUGUGGGUGAUCCUGUGUCCGCGAUGAACACUACGUUGUUGUCUUCGCAUCUAACCCGUAUCAAGUGUCCCUUUAGAUCUGUAUCAUCUAAUUGUCCAACAUUUUUGUUUUCGAAUCGAAUUGCAUUCGUUGUCGAAUCAUCGAGAUGGAUUAGCUUCCAGCCGGGGAUGAGAUCGCCGGCUUGCAUGUAAUUAACGUACGCUGCUACAUACGUGUCCUGCGAAAAUGAUUCUUCUGUUUGUUCGUCGUGAAUUGCGUUGACGUCAGAUGAUUUGCAUAGUCGUGCCUAGUGUCCACGUUUGUUACACUUAUUACAGAUUUUGUCCCGGGCCGGACAUUUUUGCAUUUUUGAUUACCACAUUUAAAGCAUUUAGUCUUUUCGUCUGUUUGUUGUCGUUCGGAGUUCCCCCUUUGUUGUUCUUGCGGCUAGCGUCCGCGUCCAACCCUUGAUGAAUAACGAUUAUUAUUGUUACCUCUUUUUGAACAAACCCAACUGGUUCGGUUUUCAUAUUGGAUACUUGAGUAGAUAUUGGGGAUCCCUGUUUUCGGAUAGCCAAUUGGUUUUCUGAACUUUUCUCUCUCCUGAUUGCGUAAUCUAGCGCUUGCUCUGGUGUUUUCCUUUCCGCCAAGAGGUCUUCUUGUACCUCAUCAUUCGACAUGUUUGCGGUAAACAAGUCCCGGAUAACCUCUGUCUCUAAUCGUCCUUCAUUACAAUUGCGGCAUUUGAAUUUGCCUUUCACCACCAGUUACGUAAGGAGGCAAUGGUACUGCUCUAGGUUUUCUGUCUUCCCUUUUUUUCUCGUAAAGGCCUCAUAGCGGUCAAAUGUCACAUUUCUUUCUUUGACGAAGAGUCGUGUCAGUCGAUCCCAGAAGUCUCUGGUUGAGAUUUUUUGAAUUUUGAGAUCCGGAUAGUAUUGUGUCAAUCGUCUUUGUCCCUCAUACCCCAAACACAAGUAAAUAUAGCUCCUGCAUUUGAUGUCCGCUUCUUCCCACGGACUUCCGUCUACUGUUGGACCAAGGUUAUCCAAUUGCUGACACUGGUUUCCCACUCCUACCUGUUUCUCCUGGUUUCUCAGAUUACGAUCUCUUAUUUGUUCAUCAGUCUCCCCCUCGAUUGGGAGUUUGUACCCCGGUUCUCGGGGUUUUCGUAUAGCUGGGGCAUUUUGUAACAACUUGGUCAAGUUUACGCCGUCUUUUGCGAUAAUGCCGAGCAAUAGUUUUUGAUUCUAAUUGUCCCACUCUAACGGUGGUUCCGUUGAGACUUUUUACCAGAACGGUGUUUUUCCCAAUGGGUUCUUUUUAACUGCUGGCUGCGUCAUGUUAUACCCACGGAAGUAAUGCGGUGUAUCAACUGGAUUGAAUUUCUAGUUGGCAUAUGAAACAAGAAGAGUUUGAACCAACUUAAUUUCAUUCAACGUUAUCGGAAGUCUGUUUAUCUAGAACCUGACCUCGAAAGCGUACCCACGUUAUAACCAGUUGGUCAUGUUAUACCCACGGAAGUAAUACGGUGUAUCAACUGGAUUGAGAUUCUAGUUGGCAUAUGAAAUAAGAAGAGUUUGAACCAACUUAAAUUCAUUCAACGUUAUCGGAAGUCUGUUUAUCGAGAAUCUGACCUCGAAAGCAUUUUCAGUAGACAUAAUCUCGUCUCCUUCCUGUAUAUGUUCUUCUUCUAUCCACUGGAUAACAGCGGGAGUGGGGAUGACCCACAACAGACUUCGGAGACGCCCCCGCCCGCGUACAAUGAAAGCAGUAAAGUGAUCACGGCCAAGUUCAACGAGAAAGCCUUCAAGUUCUCUGUCAACCUGCUGGAAGCAUCCCGAAACAGCAUCGACUUCCUACGACUCGUGAACAAAACUCCGAGUCUAUACGACGAGCCUUUGAUCAACUAUGCGAUCUACCGUUACGAAACGUUUUGGUUGCCCCUCGCUUCGAAGUUCACUUCGAGUGGUUCAGCUAAGUGGGCGGCUCCUCUGGACAUUCAAUGGGCAUGGCAUGUGCAUAUGUUAGCUCCGCUUUACUACGAAAAAGACUGCAAAGAAAUAGUGGGUUGUGUAGUUGACCAUGAACUGAAAUCGUCGAAAGAUUACUCGAAAGCAAUGGCUGCUGCGAAGAAGGCAUGGGAACAAACGUACCUGCAGGAGCCAUUUGAAAUAGAUUUGAAAAGCGAUUCAAGUGGCACUAAAAUAUCAAAACGGCUCGAAUCUUUUGUUUCGAAGAUAACAUACGAUAUUGCCACAGCUUCGUCGAGACAGAAAACGUUCUUCUAUCAGUGCAGUUUGCCUCACUACUUGGACAAAGUUUUCCUCGAGAAAGCCAUCGAGCGGUACAAAAAAUUUUUAUUUCUGAAAAGUCUCAAUAAAAACACUUUCUUGAUUCCAUGUUAUGAUUUUGACGUUGUUUGGCACGCGCAUCAAGCACAUCCGUUUAAGUAUAAAGAAGACACGGAAAGGAUACUUGGCAAAAUGCUGAAUCACGAUGACUCAGUGAAUGAACGCCACGAGGGGUCGAAAUUGAUGCAAGCUGACGCUCUCACAAGGGACUUAUGGUCAAAGGUGUUCAACGAAUCUUUCAGCAUCAACGGAGCGAUGUUCAGAGGUGACAUUCCUUCUGGAAUGGGAACUAUGUCUAAAGAACAGCUACUCAAAGUCGGCUUUUCUAAGACCCCUUUCAAGAUAACUCAGCUGAAGCUUACUAUGGGCAGCGAUGUGCAUUAUGAUAGAAAGAAGCUGAAGAUAGUGAUCAAUUACGGUAUCCGUGAGAUGGUUGUGAAUUUGGCUCCCAGGCAAAACUUGUGGGAUGAGGGACUCAAUGUGAACUCUGGAAGCAACCAGCUCGUUAUGGACUCCUCCCUCAUUCAUCACAAACUCGAUAUAUCCCUGAAGAGGCCCAAGCUGCUGAACUGUAUCUCGGAGGAGACACUGGGCGAAAGUGAGCUGGACAUGAGGGAGAUCACACGCCACAAUCCCACCACCACCUACUCGACCACAGUCUAUCUCAUGAAGAAGAACGCAGCCUCCUCCGCCUCCUCCGGCGGCUCGACCUGGGCAGCCAAAGCGGACAGAACCUCGGGAGUUAGUCUGCAGGUGACAAUUAAGUUCGAUCCACCUGUCUUCCACCGUGUGAACUUUGCUCUGUCGGCUGGCCAAUACGAGAAGUCAGAUGGUAGUGGAUUGCUGAGCUACUUCAAGCAUAUUACGCAUACGUGCCACGAGCAGACUUCAAAGGACAUGGACACUGCUUCCAAUGUUCUGCUGAAUCGGUGGGGCGAGGUGUCGUUCCGCAUCACCACAGUCCACUCCACCAGCCUCAUGCUCUCUGCCCUCCUCGUGUUCGACGACAACUCCAAACUGCUCGCCAUCUCACACCUCAUUGGACUGGACACCCUGCCCGCACAAUCACAGCUUUCGACUAAAGAUCCGAGCCUUCGAUGUUUCUUGAACAAAGAUGCCGGCGAGAGAGCUCUGCUCCUCAAAGGUCCCAAUGGAGGUGACUGGGGAAUCCUCAUUGGGGGCUGGACCGGGAUCAAACAAGGUAAAAGGGGCAUCCCAGGAGUCCCGGGCGACAGGGGCUCAAAGAGGAGAGGGAAAAGAGGAGUCAAGGGGUCCCCAGGCAACCCUGGAUAUCUAUACUGUCGGUUCUACAAUCUCAAGAACUUUGAUGGGUCUUCGGAGGUCAUUCAUUCCUUGAAAGCGGCGAGAACUGGGUUCGAAUUCUUCUUCCCAGGUUACGUGUUUGUCAAUCUGCGUAAUGGUCAAGUCGAAAUAGAGGGCGGAGCUGUGAAUGCUGAGCUCGGCUUGAAAGUGACUUUGGCCUUCUCCAUCGCCUUGAUGCACGUGUUAUGCCAGCCAAGACUCCCCGAUGGAACGGACAGGACCCAGUACCCGAAAUCGAUCGACGUCGACUCCUUGAAGAUGGUGGUGGCGACCGGCUACUACGCGGGAGUGCCCCACACCACCAAGAUCAACCAGGACUCGGGCGAGUGCGGUGGUUGCGGAGGAUGUGGCGGCUGCGGUGGCUGUGGAGGUUGUGCUGGGUGUGGAGGAGGAGAUGGAGGAGGAUGCUGCGGAUGCGGAGGAGGAUGCUGCGGAUGCGGAGGAGGAUGCGGCGGCGGAUGCGGCGGAUGCGGGGGGUAGGCGCCUGCCCUCAUGCUCAUCUCCUUUUCGCCUGUCUGUUCUAUUCACUCACCCAAACGGCCGAACAACCAGCCGCAUCGAUUGAAGAAACAUGCACAAAGAGAACUUAAUUUACAAUCUUCGCAGUGGAAAUUGUUCUAUUCUCCUUUUUUAUCCCGAUAGCCUUGAUCUUUUCUACUCUUCACUGACAAUAACAGCAUAGAAGUAUUCCAAUAGAAUGUACAUAUUUUAGUUAUUAAAUUUAGAUUUAUUUUGAA